UGUUUCUAUGUAUUUAUGUUAAGUAACUGGUUCAGCCUUUCUUCCUCUCAGUCCAGGAGAAAAACCAGCAGACUAACAUUUCUUUAUCACUAUAUCUUAUACUGUAGCUAACUUCUAAUCUUCCUGUUACAGAUGGCAUUUCAGAAAUUGUUUCUUUGAGAAAUUACUAAUGUGUCGAUAAAAAAAAACAGGCAAUCUUAGUAGUUAAUGCGUUUAGUAGCUUACCAAAGAAAGCAUUUAAGAUUCAUUUCAUUUGUCCAUUUCUGAUUAAGAUGCAUACACAGAACGUGGACAUUACUUUCCUCCAUAAGCAAAUACAAGAAGAUUCAAAACUAAAGCUUCAAUCUGCAUUCAGCAGCUGCUAUUUUUCCUUCCUAGAGAGAGUUAUCACUACAAUAUGUUGCCAGGUAAGAGCCAAGAAAUUAUAUUGAUUGUUACAUUAGUUGUGUUUUUCUUUAACAUAAGUUGGGUGAUGAGUCCUGUUAAAGUCAAGGAAAGCCACAAAAAAGGCAAGAAGAAUUUACAAGUGUUCAUAUUAGCAGGACAAAGCAAUAUGGCUGGAAAUGGAGGAGUCCAUAGGCAAAUUGAAAAUGGGGUUGUCACCAAUCUAAGUUGGGAUGGUUUUGUACCUCAAGAAUGUAAACCAAAUCCAAAAAUUUUACGAUUCAAUGCAGCUGGAAAAUGGGAAAAAGCUCAUGAGCCUCUGAAUUAUGGGAUUGAUUGUUUACUCGCUUGUGGACUCGGACCUGGAAUGGCUUUUGCUAAUGAGAUACUUAAAAAAGAUCUUGAAUUUGGUGUUAUAGGUUUAGUACCUUGUGCUAAAGGAGGGACACCACUACAUAAAUGGAGACGUGGGUUUAGUCCUUAUGAUUCUUUGAUUAGAAGAGCAAAAUUUGCUGUCAAAGAUGGAGGAAAUAUUAGGGCAUUAUUUUGGUAUCAUGGGGAGAGUGAUGGUAAAGCAAAGAAUACAUCUAGUUUGUAUAAGAGAAACUUGGAGAACUUCAUUCAUGACUUGCGUAGUGACUUACAUGCUCCUACCCUUCUCAUUUUCCAGGUUAUCAUACCAUACCCAAAAGAACCAUUUGUAGGGCCAUAUAUAGAAGAAGUGAGAGCAGCUCAAUUGGGAAUUAACAUCUCAAAUGUGAUCAAGAUAGAUGCAGAGGGACUAGAAUUGGGUCCAGAUGGCCUUCAUCUCACUACCCCUGCCCAAGUUCAACUUGGUCAUAUGUUUGCUCAUGCAUUUCUCAGAUUUAAUAAUUUUUCCUUUCUAAAUAGAUAUGUUUUACCUUUUAAUAUAUUAUCUUAAUUUUUUCAGCAUUAUACGAAAUUCAGAAACCUUGUGUAUGUUGC